UAAUCUGAAGACUUGCGGUGGUUCUUAACCAGGGAUGAGAAUUAGAUUCAUCUGAGGAACUUUUUAAAAAUGUACCUGCCUGAGUCUUCUCCCCCAGACAAUCGAAUUCAGUAGGUCUGGGUGCGGCUCUGGAUCCUUUUUUAAAGUUCUAUGGGUGAUUCUACCAUGUACCCGGGAACCCUCGUGGGGAGUGUCUAUGGAUGAAAAGUGGCUGCAUUUAUGUAGGUAGAACAGCUGGCGAGGGGCCACAGCAGCCAUCUAGCCACCAGGAUUAUGGUGACUUCCCCGGCAUUUAACUACAGAGGGUACUGAACUUAGGCAACCCCCAAUCCUCUAGCUUCUAGUUGGAAGUGCAAUCCCCCCUUCCCUGGAGUGCAGAGCUGAAAGGAAACUCGUAAUUCUCUGAAGACCUAGAGAAGUUGUUUUCGUUAAUUGCUAUUGAGUCGACUCCAACUCAUGGCGACAUUAUGUAUAGCAGAGCAAAACGUUGCCCAGUCCUGUGUCAUCUUCGUGAUUGCUGGUAUGUUCGAGGGCAUUGUCCUAGCUAUUGUGUCAAUCCAUUUCAUGGAGGGUUUCCCUCGUUUUCACUGAAACUCCACUUUACCAAACACGAUGUUCUCUUCCGGUGACUGGUCUUUUCUAAUGAUGUGUCCAAGGAAAACAAGUCCAAGUCUCGCCAUCCUCACUUCUAAGGAGCACUCUGGUUGUAUUUCUUCUACGACUGAUUUGUUCAUUCUUCUCGCAGUCCACGGUAUAUUCAGUAUUCUUCACCAACACAAUUCGAAUGCUUCAAUUCUUCUUCUGUCUUCUUUUUCAUUGUCCAGCUUUCACAUGCUUAUGAGGCGAAUGGAAAGAUUAUGGCUUGGGUCAGGUGGGCCUUAGGUAUCAAAGUCAUCUUUGCUUUUUAAAACUUUAAAGAGGUCUUUUGGGGGAAAAAAAAAAAAGAAAUCAAAUGGCAUAUUUACGUAAUGCAAUAUGCCAUUUGAUUUCUUGACUGCAGCUUCCAUGGACAUGGUUUGUUGAUCCAACUGGAAUGAAAUCAUUGACAACUUUUUUUAGAGAAGUGGCACACAGAACUCUGGAGGCAGCAUUAAGGUGUUGUUAGUGAAUUGUGCAAAGAGGCUGUCAGUCAAACUGGCCAGGUGGUGAGUCAAACUACCCACACGGUACAAUACAGUCUUCAUCUGCUACUAUUUGCUGCCAGUCAGCUUGGCAAACAGACAUUGAUAGUAAGCUGGAGAGGCUUCAUAUUUCUACCUGGUGGUGAAAGGUGGACGCAGAGCGGGUUCUUUAAGGCAGGGGCUGUGAACAGUGAAGGAAUCAAAAAAAAAUCCCUAUGGUGACUUAAAGUGGCCUACGUCACCAUGAGAUUUGGAAUAUGUCUGGUAAGGUGAAGUCAGAGAAGCCCAGUGUUCUCAGGUGCCUUCUGUGCCUGCUUCUUUAGUGAUUUCUCUCCCUCUGUCCCACUCCCUCACCCCCACGCCGAGACACACACACUCCCCUCUCCCUCAGCUUCCUAUUCUUGGUGGCUCUUACCUUUCUCAGAAUUACUUUUCUGUUAACCCUGGGCUCACUUGGAAUUUCUAGCCAUUAGUCCUGUCCACAGCUUCAUGUCAUGGAGAUUUAUUAGUCCCUUUUGCUGGAGUUUGGUGGGAACCUGGGUACUGGGAAUCCACCUAGGCCCUUUUCUUUUGACCCUGCCCCAAGAGCUUCUGAAGUCAGCCCCACAAGCUCUGAGGACACCAGAGCUUGGAAAGGGGGAAAAAAAUGGCGAUCCUCACGUAGUUCUGAGAUGACCCCCUUUCAAUACAACCCCCACCCUCGGCUUCAGAGAAGAUAUUUACCCUUUGUGGGAGAGAGAAAGGGAGCAGACGGUGAUUUUUGCUCUGGGUUCUUCCCAGGGGUGAGGAGAAUUUUUUUUUCUUGUGCUUUAAGUGAAAGGUUACAACUCGAGGUAGUUUCUCAUACAAAAAUUUAUACACACAUUGUUAUGUGUCCCUAGUUGCUCUCUCUCUAAUGUGACAGCACACUCCUCCUUUCCACUCUGGAUUUCCUGUGGCCGUUCCACCAGCUCCUGUCCCCCUCUGCCUUCUCAUCUCGCCUCUGGACAGGAGCUACCCACAUAGUCUCAUGUGUCUACUUGAACUAAGAAGCACGCUCCUCACCAGUAUCAUUUUAUGUCUUAUAAUCCAGUCUAAUCUUUGUCUGAAGAGUUGGCUUCGGGCAUGGUUUUAGUUCUGGGUUAACGGAGAGUCCGGGGGCCAUGUCUUCCAGGCUUCUUGCAGUCAGUGAUUCUCUGAGGAGAAUUUGGGGGGCUGUGCAGGAGUGCUGGCCUCAGAGCUGCAGUGUGUAUCUUCCAGGCUGUGCCCAGAGCCUCCCCUCUUUUGGAGUUCCCUCCUGGGCUUUCAAAGGUAUACGUGCAGCCGUCCCGUUCCUUUCUCUCUAGGUCACUGGAUUCCUUCGCGACGUUGGCAGGGUGCGGUAGCCCCGGGCCCUGUUGUGGCAUGCGAGUGGUGGUGGGCUGAGAGCUGCCAACCUCCAUGCUCUGGGGGAUUCGAAGUGUUCCAGGACUGGAUGUUCUGCUAGUCUUCUUCUCCCCUCCCUCCUGUCCUCCCCCUCUCCUCCCUCCCUGCCCUUAGGCUCAGGGGACUGCGAGGGUGGGAGUGAGCUCUUACCCACGGGAAGAAUAGACGCUGAAUUGCCAGGCUGCCUACACUUAGUUCUCAGCUUCCCUUCCUCAUCCCUCAAGCCACUCCCUGGGCCUGAAGCACAGGCCCAAUGUGAAACACCCCCUCCCUCUUUGAAGGAGGCUGGCUGGCCAGGGGGGUUAUUUUGGGAGCAGCUUCUGAAAUCCGAUGGCCUUGUUAGGGCAACACUGACCUUUCUGUCGGAGGAGGAGGGCAGAUUUGGAGAAGGGGCGGGGCAGCGACGGGGGACCGACAGCCCCACACGCCCACUGGGUGGAGGAGAAGGGGGCCAGCAGGUCGGGAAUUCGGCCUCAGGCUGGGGGUCUGGCACUGAGGGGGAUUCCCCCUCUUUGACCUGGACUGGGGGCCCUCCACCUCACCCUUUUAAUGUGCUUCUUAAAGGGAUCACACCGCUUUUCCUUUGACUCCGUGGAAGCCAGACUUGGGACGCUUGGGGGACUUUGAAUCUUUCCUUCCUGCUGCCUUCCCAGCUGGCCGCCUGCCUCUGGCUCAUUGGGGGGCCUCCCAGGCAUGGCACUGACCAGCUGGCCCAGUGCUGACUUGGCUCCUGGGCUCUCUCAGCCUUUGGUGGCAGCUGGCUGUCCCCCUCCUGGGGCGCCUUGGUGAGUCUGGGGGCCCAGCCCCCAGCACACCUGGAGAGUGUUGCUGGCACCCCUGCCGCCCUCCCCACCUAAGCUGGAGAACAGGGAGGUGGUUGGAGGCUAUGAUGAGAUGAGUGGGGGCCGCUUUGACUUUGAUGAUGGCGGGGCAUACUGCGGGGGCUGGGAGGGGGGCAAGGCCCAUGGGCAUGGGCUGUGCACGGGCCCCAAGGGCCAGGGCGAGUACUCGGGCUCCUGGAACUUUGGCUUUGAGGUGGCAGGAGUGUACACCUGGCCCAGCGGGAACACCUUUGAGGGGUACUGGAGCCAGGGCAAGCGGCAUGGACUGGGCAUAGAGACCAAGGGGCGCUGGCUGUACAAGGGCGAGUGGACACACGGCUUCAAGGGGCGCUAUGGCACCCGGCAGAGCACCAGCAGUGGUGCCAAGUACGAGGGCACCUGGAACAACGGCCUGCAGGACGGCUAUGGCACGGAGACCUAUGCCGAUGGAGGGACUUACCAAGGCCAGUUCACCAACGGCAUGCGCCAUGGCUACGGCGUGCGCCAAAGCGUGCCCUACGGGAUGGCCGUGGUGGUGCGUUCGCCGCUGCGCACAUCCCUGUCGUCCCUGCGCAGCGAGCACAGCAACGGCACGGUGGCCCCGGACUCGCCCACCUCGCCGGCCUCGGACGGCCCGACGCUGCCCUUGCCCGCCAUCCCGCGCAGCGGCUUCGCGCUCAGCCUCCUGGCCAACGCCGAGGCGGCCGCCCGGGCACCCAAGGGCGGCGGCCUCUUUCAGCGGGGCGCCCUACUGGGCAAGCUGCGGCGCGCCGAGUCGCGCACGUCGGUGGGCAGUCAACGCAGCCGCGUCAGCUUCCUCAAGAGCGACCUCAGCUCAGGCGCCAGCGACGCCGCCUCCACCGCUAGCCUGGGCGAGGGUGCCGAGGGCGCCGACGAGGCCGCGCCCUUCGAGGCCGACAUCGACGCCACUACCACCGAGAGCUACAUGGGCGAGUGGAAGAAUGACAAGCGCUCGGGCUUCGGCGUCAGCGAGCGCUCUAGCGGCCUCCGCUACGAAGGCGAGUGGCUGGACAACCUGCGCCACGGCUACGGCUGCACCACGCUGCCCGAUGGCCACCGCGAGGAGGGCAAGUACCGCUACAACGUGCUGGUCAAGGGCACUAAGCGCCGCGUGCUGCCGCUGAAGAGCAACAAGGUCCGCCAGAAAGUGGACCACAGUGUGGAGGGCGCCCAGCGCGCAGCCGCAAUAGCGCGCCAGAAGGCAGAGAUCGCAGCCUCCAGGACAAGCCACGCCAGGGCCAAAGCUGAGGCAGCAGAACAGGCCGCCCUGGCCGCCAACCAAGAGUCCAACAUCGCCCGCACGUUGGCCAGGGAGCUGGCUCCAGACUUCUACCAGCCAGGUCCGGAAUAUCAGAAGCGCCGGCUGCUCCAGGAGAUCCUGGAGAACUCGGAGAGCCUGCUGGAUCCCCCCGACCGAGGUCCUGGCGCCAUGGGGCUCCCGGGGCCUCCCCGCGAGAGCCCGCAGCUGCAUGAGCGGGAGACCCCGCGGCCCGAGGGUGGCCCCCCGUCGCCAACAGGGACGCCCCCACAGCCCAAACGGCCCAGGCCGGGGGCACCCAAGGACGGCCUGCUGAGCCCGGGCGCCUGGAACGGCGAGCCGGGCGGCGAGGGCAGCCGGUCGGUGACGCCGUCCGAGGGCGCGGACCGCCGCAGCCCGGCGCGCCAGGCCACCGAGCACAUGGCCAUCGAGGCGCUGCAGGCGCCGCCCGCGCCGUCGCGGGAGCCGGAGGUGGCGCUUUACCGCGGCUACCACAGCUACGCCGUGCGUACCGGGCCGCCCGCGCCGCCGCCCUUCGACGACGAGCCCGAAGCCGAGGUCUCCGGGUCCGACUCGGCACCCUCGUCCCCGGCCACCGCCCCCGCUCAGGCCCCUGCGCCCCGGGUCCCCGAGCCCGAGCCGCCCGCCAAGCUGGAGCCCAAGCCCAUCGUCCCCAAGGCCAAGGCCCGCAAGACGGAGGCCCGAGGGCUGACCAAGGCCAAGAAGAAGGCUCGGAAAGAGGCGGCAGAGCCCGAGGUCGAGGUGGAAGAGGUCCCCAACACUGUCCUCAUCUGCAUGGUGAUCCUGCUUAACAUCGGCCUGGCCAUCCUCUUCGUUCACCUCCUGACCUGACCCUUGUCUGCCAGAGCCAGGAGUUCCUGCUGAGGACGCCAGGACCCCUCUUUUUGCAGUACCAGGCAGGGUGGCCAAGGAAGACUGGACUCUGGACCAGGGUCCAGCUCACAUUUACACCACAGACGUUUAAGGAGGCCUCCCAUUGUGCCAGUGCUAGGUGGUGGACAGUACCAAGAGGAAUAGAAUGUGCUGGACCACCCCGGAAGCUCUCCACCCUGUCGCAGGGAAGGCCCUGAGGGGAUGAGCCCUGGCCCUUUGAGCUUCCCAAUCUGCGCCUGUCCCUCGUCCCCAUCCACUUCCUCGACCUUCCCUGGGCCUUUGUGUGUUUUGGGAGAAGCCACUGAAUCAGGAGAUUAAUGUUAAAUCCUGUCCCUCUUUCUGCUAUGCCCCCCUCCGCCCCGCUUUUGUUAAACCUCUGGUUGGCGGGUUGAGGCCUCCCAGGAAAGCGGAGGGAGUGAUGUGAUCCCUUGUAGCCACAAGGGGGACACCCUCAGACCCUCGCUGCCUUUUGUAGCCUGACCCCGCGCCCACCUGCCCUUGGUUACACUUGCCCUGGAUGACAGAAGAGGAAUGGACAAGGUAGUCUGCAUUUCCUCUCCUCCCAGGGGUCCAUGGAGCUUCCCAUCUGGACCAGUGGAAGAGGGGAGAUCUGAGGAACCGGAGCCUUUGGCUGGGAAGCCACUGACUGCGUGGCCAGGAACGUGGGUGGGAAGAAGGGAGGGGACAGUUAUGAUCGUCCCUGUUCCUGAGUGUGUCUGGGUCAAGAUGGGGCUUGCAUUAGCUACUGUGAGGGGUCGCCCUGCUGUCCCCUGAGGCUGGUGGAGUCCAGCUGCGACAAUGCCCUGUGAUUGGCUUGUUUGCUUCCCCACCAGGCCCCCCACGGGCUCAGGGGUUGAGCUGCCUGGUGUCCCUGGGGCAAACUCCCAGGCGGGUGCUGGGGACAGGCUGCCUGUCAAGAAGCAUUUCCCAGAGAGGGUCUGAGGCUCCCACUGGGUGCUUGGGGUGUCCCUCUGGCUUGCCUGGCAGAAGACGAUGCUUGCAUGUACCUCACUGAAGAUGUUUUGUACCACGCCGGGCCUCUGCAUCUGGGUGCUUGCUGGGGGGGAGGGUGGAGG